GAAAACCGUUAUUUAGAGUCGCGCACGCGAGCUGCUUGAUGCGCUCUCGCGCAGCUGGGACCCUGUUGUCGUUAGUCUUCUCUGUCAGGUGGAAAUUUCCAGUCAGACUAAAAAUUUCUAGACUUUUCUGUCUGGAAUGUCAGUUUAAUACGAGUAAAAAAGGUGGAAUGCUGUCUGAAUGUCUGUGCAGAACCUAUCAGCGAGUCUUGGGAUGAAUCUGAAGUCGAUGAGAACGUGUUAAACUGUUAAAGAUCAACACGUUCAUUAGAAAUGGGACCGGAAGACGUCCAUCAGAUGGAGCAAGCGCAAAACUCCAAGGGCUUUAGGGUUGUUCUCUGUCUCUGUCCCCCAGAACGCACAGAAAUGCGAACAGCAGAAACGAGAGCCUCCAUAAGAGUUAUCGGGAUGAACAGAGUGACUGUUGACACUGGCAGGGGUCACAGGCCGCACGUCCUGGAUUUUGAUGCUGUUUGGAGUGAAGGGGCUUCGCCAAAAGAUAUCUAUGAUUCAACGACAAAGUCCUUGGUGGAGUAUGUGAUGAAGGGUUAUAAUGGCUGUGUUAUAUUGUAUGGACAGUCCACCAGCGGAGAGACACACCCAGCUCAAGCCUGCACUGCCAGACAGAGAGGCAUCAUCAGCCGUACUGCUGAGGACAUCUUUAAUUCUCCAGAAGCUUCUCAUUGCAGAGUCAGAGUGUCCUGUUAUCACAUCUCUAAUGAAAAGAUUUACGACCUCUUGGAGCCUCAGGUGAGUGAGGUGUGUCGUAUCCACGACACAGAGGAAGUGGUGCUCCUGGAGGGGCUGAGAGAGCUGGAGGUCGGUUCCACUCAGGAACUGAUGGACAUGUACCACAGUGGAAUCACUCACAGGAACACAGGUGUCUCUAAAGGAGAUUUUGCCAGCAAAUCUCACAUGGUGUUCAACAUUAUGGUCAUAAAAACGAGAGGCAAGUCCGAUAAAGAAGGAGUUCUGAUAGCCAGCAAACUUACUCUGGUGGAACUUGCAAGUUCAGGCAAAUCUGCAUACAACAGUUCUUCAGCUCUGGAUAUGAGAAGAAGUUUCCACGUGGCACAAGAAAACCUUCAGGAGGCCAAAACAAUUAAAAGAUCUCUUACAAUCUUUAGAAAUGUGAUAUAUUCUCUGAGCAAUACAGGCAUUCAACACAUUCCCUACAGAGAGUCCAAACUCACUCGUGUUCUGAGAGAUUGUCUCGGAGGAAACUGUCGGACAUGUCUCAUGGUCACAGUGCCAACCCAGUCGUCCUCCGUAACAGAGACUAUGAGCUGCCUUCAGUUUGCCGCACAGGCUUUAAACGUACCUUCACGGCCCAUACACAGCUCCCAGAUCCGCUACACACCCGCACAGGUGCCAAACAUGUGGGCAACAGAAAAGAACAGUCUUCUUCUUAAUAGAACACAGAUCCUCCCACCGGUCAGUGCUGAUCGAAGACAGUCUCAAGCCUCCUUGCCAUCAAUUGUGACUAGUGCAGGACCUCUCACUCAACUCAAACCCAAACGCAGCCUGGAGGUUUCAGAGAACCGCUCCUUCUUACCACACCUAGAGAAACACAGACCACCAGAACCAAGCGGAUAUCACAGCAGCGGAUCUCGGAUUACAGAGGAAAAGUAUGGAGCAGCGGAUGUGUGUGUCAUGAAAAGUGCCAUCCCGCUUUCCCGAUGCCUCUCUGGGUCUGUUUUUGCGGAGCCCCUUCACUGCCACUCUGCUGAGAAACCUUUAUCCUCACUCAGCUCCUCAUCUAUCCCUUCUUUUCUGUCAGAGUGCCCCAACUGCAAACAGGAACGAAAGAUCAGAGAGGAAUACGACAAAUUUAUCAUUCAGGUGAAGAGAGACCGUGACAGCCUGAGCCAGAGAGUGACAGAGCUGGAAAAAGAGCUGAAGAUCAUAACAGGGGAGCAGCGAGAACACGAAAGGGCGGAGAAAGACGAGCGAAGAGCAGAGAGAGACUUCGGAAGACAGGAGACAGCAAAUAUAAGUAACGAAACAGAGAAUGUAAAAGAGACUGGAGAGGAAAUAAGACAGAUCAGUAAACACAGAGAUGAAAGAGAAAAAGACAAUAUCGAGAAAGAGGUGAUUGAUAAAAGUCAGCACAGUGAGACAGAACAGACGUUUGGAGAAAGAGACGAAGAAAGACAGAGAAGAGAGGAAAGAGAAGGAGAAAAGGAGAAUGACUUGACUAGAAAGGAAUCUCUUAGCACCUCACAUGGAGUAACAGAGGUGCCAAAAAAUGCUGAGGAGAAACUACUAUCUGAGCUGCACAGCUUCAAAAAGGAGUAUGAAGGACUGAGGAAGAGUGCAGCCCUGUCUAUCACACAGCUUCAACAAGAAAAGGCUGAGCUGGUCUCUCACACAGAUGAUGCCAAAAGCUGCUAUGAAAGAGUUUGUUUAGAGAAUGCAGAGCUAAAAGCAAAACUUGAAGCCCUCCUGAAAGACGCUAACUCUAGACCAAGCUCGGGUUGCAACGGUGACACAGACGCACACAGCUCAAGUGCACACACAAGCGUGCACAACUCACACACGGACACACGCUCUUCACACACACACACCGUUACCACUAACACGGAAAUGCUUGUUGUGUCGCAAAGCGUUUGCCAACAGUGCACCAGUGAUCUUCCUCAAGAUAAAGGGAAUAAGUGUCGCUUUACCUCAUGCUCUGGCUUCCAAGAAUCAUUCGAACCACCUGAGCCGACUUCACACACCUGCCGAUGUGAAUCAGCACUACACAAACCCAACCGCUACAAACAACUAAGGAGGGAGCACAGCCUGUUGCUGGACGUAAUGCUCGUGCUGUACAGAAGAGAGUGGUUCCUGCAGGACGCCAUGCCGUACGUCAGACGCACUCUCAAAAAAUGCGGCCUGAGUCUGGAUGACUCAGACUGAAGGGUCUGUUUUCUGUGCUCGUGGGAGAACGAGAUCAAAUCUGAUUAGUUAAAAAAAUGUUUAUUUGUGUAGAGAUUCCAUUUUGAUCUCAGUGCUGCUUUUAAUACCGUAGUUCAUAACAUGAUGAUUUCUGCUCUCAGCUGGUGGUGAUUCAGAUUUGUGACACACACACACACACACACACACACACACACACACACACACACACACACACACACACACACACACACACACACACACACACUAGCACUGCAUCUAUGAAACUGGGUGAUCUUCUGGGAUCGCCCUUUGGCGUUGUGCUUUAUUAUUUAAAUGCUAAUUUUGGGCAUUCUAUUUUUGUAAUACUGCUCCAAGAGAAAGCUGCACUUUCUCAUGCCUUUAUAACCGUUUCUCUGGAUUACUGUAAUUCGUUUUUGUGGGAAUUCCAUUCCAAUUCAUUAUUUAUUCAGGCUUCUUCCUCCCCUACCUACAGUACAGUUACAGGGUUGGACAAAAAUCACUGGCCCAGAACAACCAUCACAAACAGAUUAUAUGCAGUUCGUUCUAGAUAUAGCGAUUUCCAGUGUUUUUGUUUUUUUUUCUUUGCUCAAAUAACAAGCCGAAAAAGCAAAAACAUUUUCUUACAGUUACUGUAUCCUCAAUCCCAUUGAACACUUUUUUUUGGAUGAACUGCAAUGCCACCUGCUUCCAAAGACCUCCUCGUUCCUGACCUCAUUAAUGUUCUUGUGGCUGAAUGAACAUAAAUCCCCACAGCCACUCAACAAAAUUGAGAGGAAAGCAUUCCCAGGAGAGUGGAGCCCAUUAUAACAGCAAAGAACGACUGGGUUGGGAUGUUUAGCAAGCUCUUAUAUGACUGGUAUGGUGUCUAUGUACUUUUAGCAAUAUAGUGUAACUCUUUUCAUGGUACAUUGAUGGUAAUUGUAAUGAGAGAAAAUGAAGUUUUAAAUAAACUCAGAUUUAAAUAACAUCA